AUGAAACAGACGGUCGGAAUUAGAACACACGAGCUGAACAGACAUACAAUAAAUAUUCUGUUUUUUGUAGCUAGUACGAGUGAUGUUAGUCGAUAUAACUUCGAUAGCGAAGACAUGGAUGUAAGUGUUCAUAUUGAACAAUCUGAACAAGAUGAAUCAAAUAAUGCAAUGGAUUUUGGCAUCGAACAAGCAAUACUUAAACAAGAAAAAGAAUCAAUAGUGACAUCGUCGAAUAAUUUGUCAAUACGGCCAAAAAAAUCAGCUGAUCUAUGUGGCAGAAAAACAAAACGUUCACUUCUUUCGACCAAUAAUGUACCAAGCGUUGAAGAUGACAUUGAAAUAAUUGGAAGUAAGAGAGCACCAUUAUUUAGUGAGGAGAAAACGGCACACAUGAUUGCUCUUGGUAUACCACCAUUGACCAAAACUGAAGAAAAAAUAUUAUGUACUCAAUUAACUCAGCAUUCUCAAGCUAAUCAAUGGUCAUUUUUGGAUGCAGAAAUAUUUGCUAAGCAAUUUGCAUGUGAUACUGUGAGAGAUAAUUAUAAUAAUGAAAUGCAACAUAUUCAACAGGAAUGGUUUUAUGAUUUUUUACUCAAAUACCCGUUAGUGGUAGGCAAAUUUAAAUAUUGGUUUGAACGAAUGAAGCCCAUGUAUCCAACUAAUGGUAAUUCAAUCGAGAUCAAACUAUGGCAUUUGAGACUAAUUGCACAAGCUCCAAUUGUGGAACAUUGA